GAAAAUCACCGCCAUAGUUGCUCAUGUUUUUCUCUGACACUACACUCUUAAGAAUUUUCUUUUAAUUGCAAGGUGAUAUAUCAUAAGAACCGGGCCAAAAUAAGGAGAAAGCAAGGUGAUAUAACUUAUCACUGCUUCCUUAUGACAAAUUAAAGUAAGCAGAUUGAUAUUACAAUUAGAACAAUGGCUAUAUCAAAUGUAAUCUUGCCAUACUUUAGCAACAAUUGGAGAUAUAGUAGUGCACCAGAAGGUCAAAAACCAUUUGAAAAAGUAAUUGGGCUCAGCAAGUAUGGAUUAGUUACUGGUUUUGGUGUCGGGGUAUACGAUUGUAUUCUUUUUUCCCAAACUUCUACAUUCUGGAAUUCAGUGAAUGUUUUAUCCUACUGGAUGUUGCCUUUUACUGCCAUGUGUGCCACUUUUGCAUCAGUGGCUUAUACAACAACAAAGUUAAGAGGCAAAGAUGGCUAUGCAAACUAUGUUAUAGCCUCUUUGGCUACAACUGGAGUAUUUAAUCAUUGGCAAAAAAAUAUGAAACUCUCAGUUUCUUAUGGCUUAGUUUUGAUGGGAUGUGCCACAGUUAAGAAGUUUGGUGAUUUAAACGAUUGGAGCCCAUUACCUAUGGAUAUAAUCGAAAAUACACCAACCCAACCUGUUGUUGCUCCUAUCGAUUGGACACUCUAUAAGGAUCCUAGAGGACGUAGACCAUGGGAAUAAAGAUCUUUAUGAGGUUCUAGUACAGAAAGAGAAAUAAAAAAAGAUUAUAAAUAAACAACAGUUAUUUCAUAUGUUAUUAAGGAAAUUUCGUCAAUAUCUUAUCCUUUGUGAGAUGUGAAGCAAAUCUUAAAUAAUCAAGUACAAGUCAAAUUCCUGUUUUUAACUCAUUGACAAUCAUGUUGAUAAAUUA